AUGGUGAAAUCUCAAAGAUCGUCCACAACUCUAUUCCAUCAAUGGCCCAAUAAAUAUCAUAAUCACAAUCAGAUCUCACAACCACCUACUACGCCAAGUCAUCACCAUCAGCAUCAGCCUUCUGGUAGCAUCUCGUCGAUAUCAACGCCAUUUCACCCACAAACUUCGAGGUCUGGCCAACAAUAUCAUCCUGAUGUGAAUGUAAGCGUGACACCAAGUAACCGUGCAGUAUAUGCACCAGGGUUACAAGAUAAUAGUCCUACACCAGGAUCACCUUCGCAAAUUGACCCUUUCGGUUCACAAGUCACUUCACCCGCUCCAAUUCAAUUGCAAAGUUCCUCAAGACCACCUUCAACAGUUUUGUCAUCUGGUGGAUCGCCUUUACCAGGUUCAACUCAUAGUGUAGUUACACCUAAAAUCAUUCUGGCUUCUCCGUCUACAAGUACGAUUCAUUAUCUCUUUCCUAGUAGCGAUACCAAGAACGGUAUCCAUCUCUCUACUUCGACCUCCACCAACAUAUCCCAGGACAACUCAGCUGGUCUAUGUCAGGCUGAUGGUAAACCCUUAAGGAGAGGUCAAUCGUUAUCAAGAGGGAAUUCAGUGAAGUAUAGAAAGAACAGCCAAAAUAUUGAUCAGCACCAACAAUUGCAUCGUGAUGUACCAGGACUGAAGAAUAAAAGAUCACUCCCCACUCCGAAUCUGAAACACCAAGCCGAGAAAGAGAAUUCACCCAAUCCCACUAAGGUCAAUGGACCAACUGGAGGAGUGAAAAAAUCAGACAUAUCGAAACCUUAUCCAUCACUUUCUGACGAAGCUAGAGACUACUCGAAAGGAUAUUACGACGUAGGACCGGAGGCAGAUACGAUGGGUACUCUGAGACGACAACCUGGUAUGAAUGACCUCAAUGUCAAAAGUAGAGUGGGAUUGGUGGAAAGCCAUGAUAAUAUUGUGAAUGGUGGUACUGGAAUGAAGAGAAGAGAAAGCGUUAUAUUGAAGGAGAUUGAAAAUAGACGUGAAAGGAGAGGAUGGGAAAUUGGAAGUAAACCUGCGCACGGGAACGAUCCUAUUGAGCCAACAUCACCAAGCACCAAAACCAAGACCUCUACGAAUGUUACCCAUACCCAAAUCAGAGGUGCUAAUCAGAAGAAACCCUACAUCCCACCGAUCACCGUCAUUCAACAACGGAGACGAAGUCAAUCCCUAACUUCACCUAGACCUGCACCUUCUCCACCGGCUGAUCCUCAGAAUUCGCCCUUGCUUCCUGCGCCAGACUUGGGAGAUCCAUUAUCCCUAUCUGUCGUCAUCCCUAGCCCUUCUUAUUCUCAUCUCGAUUACAGUCCUGCUGGAUCUAGUGCAAGUCCCAUGUCAAGAAGCCAAAGUAAGAAAGGAGGAUGGAGUAAGAGGACCAGUGCUAUCUUCCCUUUGUCCGUUGCCAUGUCAAGGGGAGAUACGAGGAAGGGCCUAGGUACUUAUGAUUCUGCUAAAUUGAAAGCUCAACAGGAUUUCGAACAGAGGACCAAUUGGACUAGUAUUGGACUGGAAGGUAGAAUGGCAUCGAUCAAGCGAUCUGUCUCACUAAGGAAGAAAGACAGCUCAGAAGAAUCCGGAAGGAGAACACGACCUAGAUCACAGUCGCUGACCACAACGAAAUCUAUCAGAGAGUUAGAUGAGGCACCGCCAUUACCUUCACCAUCUCUAAUGAAAGGUGGAUAUAUCCCGUAUGGUGGGGAAUAUACUUCCGAAGGGUAUACAGGGGAAUUAUCAAUCGAUUUAGGAAGUAGGUAUCAUCCCCAUCAUCUAGAAGGCUGUUCAACUACGUUAGAAAUGGAUCUGGCGUCUCCACGAUCAGCCGAAACCUCCAUCUUCCCCGCUUCCACCCCUACCAGCUUGGAAUACGACCACCAUCUCACUUCCAGGGGCCACACCGUUAUGAUUGAUAAAGUGAUAAGGAUCGUUGGAAGACCAUUACAUCCAGCAUUCAACGAAAGUGAAGGUUCGUUAUCGAUCAUGGCUCCUUCAACAGUAGGAUUGGGAUUCUCUCCUGUCGGUACACCAGUAUCAUUACCUGAUUCCUUACUUGAGGAGGCGAUAGACCUGACUGAGACUGGACGAAGACUAUCAAGUCCUAUGAUCGAAGCUGUCAUUACACCUCCUACACCACAGAAUCAAGGUAUAUUACCUAGACAAGCCCUUUUAGCUCCAUGUCGAAGCCACCGUCCCGAAGAUCAAAAUUCACAUCAGUAUUCCCCUUCUCUUUCGACUGGGUCUACUGGCUCGGGAACGGGUAGCCAGAGAAUACCUAGAAGGUCGUUGUUAUUGGCUCAAAAUAGAUUUUACAUCCCUUCUUCACAUGCCAAGCCUUCACCGCCGAUGCAAGUCCCUGUCGAAGUUGGAGUGGGAGUUGGAGGUGGAGUUGGAGUGGGUAGAAAACCCUCUUUGAGAUCUAGUAAAUCCCUUGGACCAGGGAUAAUGAAAAGGGCCUACGCUCCUUUUGACCUUAAAGCAGAUGUUGAUGGUAAUGGUCAGCCGGGUCCAGGUGAACCUUCAAAUUCCACGUCUUUUGGAGGUUUGAUAAAAUCAGCUUCGAUUAGAUCAACUACCAAACGAUUCUCAAGAAUUUUGGAAAAUCACGAUCAGCACACGCAUCAACAGCAGAGUUAUGGUACGGAACGGAUAUCAUCUACAUCAUCAAUGAAAUUUAGGUCUCGACCUUUGACUACUUUCUCAAUUUGUUCACCAUCUGAUGCUAUCGAACCUCUACCUCAGAAUAACUCGCCUUCGCCUGGGAUGGCAAUAUCGCGAACUUUGAGAUCGAACAGAUCUUCACCAUUCUUAUCUGCAAGUAAUUCGUUGAGAAUCUUAUUUGGUAAAGAUGGAUUUGUCGCCAGGUCCCUCUCACAGGCAUUUGAUAAAGAUCAUAACAACCAUCAGCAUCACCAUCAACCUCGAGAUAGCGUAUACAGCGAGAGAGAGAAAUCAUUGUCACCUAGAUCUAAGGAAGAAUUGAAACUUCGAAUAUCGAGUCCACUUGAAGCUUCACACAACGCUGAAGGAGUACGAAGAAGACAUAGAGCUUUAUCACCAGAGUACGGGGAAGAGGCUAGAGAGAAGGGAAGAGACGCAGAUAAGAAAUGGCGAGAAUCAGUAUUGCAAGAAGCUCUUAGUAUAUCCAUAUCUAACUCAUCGAGUCUACACAAACUCGCCAACUACGAUAAAACCGAUGGUGGUGCUGUACCGAGGAUGGUAUCUUCCGGAUCGAAAAGUAGAUUAGCGAUUCCCGAUCAACUUUUGUCAGCACCAAAUAUACGUGAUUCAACCAUCAGUAAUGGAACUGAUGGUUUGAGAGGUAUAGGUGAAAGUAUGUUAGCUGGGAAUGGGGUGAACGGAAGUUUGGAAAGUAGUUUGAACCUUAGAGCUGUCAUGAUGCAAGAUUGGAACAAAGGAGAGAAAGAGAAGGAGAAUGGUAAAAGUAGGAUGUUGGAAGCGGUAGGGAGAGAGGAAAGUAUGACAUCAGCUCCCAGCUUUUACUCUAAUAACGCUUCCACAUACUUCGAAAAACCUUCAACUUCCACACGUAGAUUACAAGGUAAAGGUUUACCAUCUUCUUUCUCAAUAGCCGAGUUGACUAAAGGUAAAAAGUCAAUAUCGAAAUCGAAACCGAGAUCAAAACAUGAAGAGACCUGUGAUAGAAUGAAUAUCAGACAGAUUAGUCAACCAAUACCAAUCUCAAGUCCAUUAGGUUAUAAUGAUCGAAUCAAGACUUUUGAUUUGAACACUGCUAAUUCUCAAGAGAAGAUUAUGGAAGAAUUGAUCGAUCCUUCUUUCCGAGAUAAUUCUCGAAAAUCGAACAGUAAUAAUGGAAUUGGAGGAUCAAUGAAGGGUAGGAAUACAUCAGCUACCUCAAGUAUAUUUGGUCUUAGGUCAAACUCGAAAUCACCCGAAUCUUCUUUGUGCCAUUCUACGAACAAUUCCAAGACAGGAUUUGGGUUAUCCUUAAGAUCGUCUUUAAAAAACAAAUCUGUCGGAAAGAAUGGUAUUUGCUCGAACGACUAUCUCACUACCAAUAACACUGUUGCAAGCAGUAGUAAACGUACGUCUUCUCAACAACAUCAUCGUCCCGCAGUGUUAGAUACCCUCUUAGCUAGAGAUGAUACCCUCCGAUCAGAAGAUAUCGAUCCCACCAGUACGGGUGCAAGUACGAGUGCUUCCAAUGAUCGAGACAAGUUGCGUAAAGUGCUUGAAUGGAGAGACGAAGUUGGCGAGAACGAGCAUUUAGCUAGGUUAGAACAGAAAAUAAGAGGGUUCGUAAUUGAUGAGAGAGAGAGAGUAAGGGAUAUAGGAAGGAAUAGUAUUGAGGGGUAA